AUUGUGCUUGCUUCUUUUUUUUUGUUUUUGGCACCCGCUCUGCUUUCUUUUUGGCCCGGUUUGAGAAAGCGGAGCAAGUAAGUCGUUUACAAGGAAGAAGGGUAGUGAAUGCUAGUCUUUCAUUAUCUUCACCAACUCAAGCUCUGCGCCAAACGCCAAACCACUUCAUCCACAAUCAAAAAACUCCAUGCCCAACUCAUCAAAACCGGCAUUGCCCAACACGAACCAUUCCCCAACACCCUUCUUGAUGCGUACGCAAAAUGCGGUUUCCUCAACAACGCCCGCCAACUGUUCGAUGAAAUGCCCCAAAGAGACCUCGUUUCUUGGGCUUCGCUCCUCACCACUUACAACCAUUCCGACCUUCCCCGCAGAACUCUCUUUACAUUCCAUUCCAUGUUCGCAGUCGACGGAUUGCGACCCGACCAUUUCGUGUUCGCAAGCCUUGUCAAAGCGUGUGCCUUCUUAGGUGACACUAGGCUAGGGAAGCAAGUGCACGCCCGCUUUGCGUUGUCGUCGUUUUGUGACGACAAUGUUGUUAAGUCCUCAUUGGUCGACAUGUACGCAAAAUGUGGAUUGCCUGAUGAUGCAUAUGCUGUGUUUUGUUCUAUUUGUUUGAAAAAUUCGGCUGCUUGGACAGCCAUGAUUUCGGCGUAUGCGCGGAGUGGAAGGAAAGCGGAUGCUAUUGGAUUGUUCCAGCAGGCACCCUUCAGGAAUUUGUUUUCGUGGACGGUUUUGAUUUCAGGGUUGGUGCAGAGUGGGAAUGGUAUUGAUGCUUUUCGUUUGUUUAUUAAGAUGCAAAGAGAAAAUAUUGAUAUUAUAGACCCUUUAGUUCUUUCAAGCAUUGUGGGUGCUUGUGCUAAUUUGGCAGUCCUAGAACUUGGUAAGCAAGUACAUUGCCUGAUUAUAGCUCUUGGUUAUGAGUCUUGCUUAUAUAUAAGUAACGUGCUAGUGGAUAUGUAUGCGAAAUGUAGUGAUAUCACGGCUGCAAAUGAGAUUUUCGGGAGAAUUAAACAUAGAGAUGUGGUUUCUUGGACAUCGAUGAUUGUAGGGGCGGCUCAGCAUGGUCAAGCCAAGGAAGCAUUGGCCUUGUAUGACCGGAUGGUCGAAGAUGGAAUAAAGCCCAAUGAGGUUACCUUUGUUGGAUUGCUUUAUGCUUGCAGCCAUGUCGGGUUAGUAGACAGAGGACGCACAAUUUUCAAAUCCAUGGUCGAGGACUAUGGUUUUAGACCCUCCCUUCAGCACUACACCUGCUUCGUGGAUCUCCUUAGUCGAUCUGGGCACCUUAAUGAGGCUGAGAAUGUUGUAAAUUCGAUCCCUUUCGAGCUUGAUGAGGCCAUAUGGGCUGCGUUGUUGACUGCUUGCAAGGAUCGGGGACAUACCCAGAUGGGAAUUAGGAUAGCUGAUCAUCUUUUGAGUUUGAAAAUAGAAAAUCCUUCUACCUAUGUACUUUUAUCAAAUGUCUAUGCCGGUGCUUGUAUGUGGGAAAAUGUUUCAAAGGUGAGAAAGUUGAUGACAACUAUGGAAGUUAAGAAGAAACCGGGCUAUAGCUCCGUUGAGUUUGGUAAGGAAACACAAGUUUUUUAUGCCGGAGAAACAUCUCAUCCCUUGAAGGAUGAGAUUUUUAAUUUACUUAGAGAGCUAGAUGCCGAGAUGAGGAGACGGGGUUAUGUUCCCGACACUAGCUCGGUUUUACAUGACAUGGAGCAGCAAGAAAAGGAAAGACAACUCUUUUGGCACAGUGAGAGGUUGGCUGUGGCUUUUGGGCUGCUCAAGGCGGUUCCCAGGACCAUUAUCUGAAUAGUGAAAAAUCUUCGGGUUUGUGGAGAUUGUCAUACUGUGCUGAAACUCAUAAGCAGUAUUGUGGAAAGGGAAAUUGUUGUAAGAGACGCCAAUAGAUACCAUCACUUUAAGGAAGGAAAAUGCUCAUGUAACGAUUUUUGGUGAUGCUGAAGAGGAUUAAAAAGUACCAUCAAAGAUUUUUCUUGUCUGCUGAGGAUGAUUGUUUUUACCCUUCUAUGAAAGUAGAUUCAAUAUUUUAAGUGCUUAAACCUUAA